GGCUGCAUCUACAUGUAGGCUACCUGUAAACUUAAAAGUUACAAAAAGCCGGGAAAACAAAAAUGUUAAAAAUUGUGCGAAAAGUAGUAUUCUUUACUAAAUUAAUAACCAUAUUUGACAAAAAUCAAGUAAAAGUGAACAUAAAUAUACUAAGCUAUAAAAAGAGGUACAAUUUCAAAUAUCAGAGUAAGUAUUACGCGCAUGCCGCAAGUAGUUCUCUGGCAGCCAUCUUUAUCGAAGAAUUCUGAAGAUCAGAGAUCAUGGAUUUUCUAUCAAAAGCCGGGGUUGGGCGAUAUCCAGCAGGUUACAAUGCCAAGGUCCAUGGUCCUUACAACCCAGCAGUGAAUUAUGGAAAACCUGAUGCUGCCCUGAGUGAAGUGAAACUGGGACAACUCGGAAGCUGGCUGUCAAGACGUAGCUUUGGUCCGGGGGCUAUUGUCAGAGCAUGUAGCAGAGGGUGGCAUCGAUAUGCCCAGAAAUGGAUCCUAGUUAAAAAGCCAGGUGUAGCCCCAGUUGCCCAACUUGUAGGAGGUCUUUGUUUCUUGUACUUCCUUGGAGGCAUGAAGUCUAGAUCAUACCAUCGUCAUGCCAAGUACCAUUAACCUGCACACAA